GACAAAUCCUUUGACAACGUGACGUCCUAUUGGCUGGACGCUCGUGGGUCACCGCGUGUAAAACAGAGAGAAAAAAAGUCUAAUGACGGAAAUGUGACACUUUGACACAGAGCUGAGCUCAGUCUGUGUCCUGGGCAUCAAUGGAGACAUCAGGAAACUGUGGAGUGCCAAAUGGGACCUUUACCUCACCCGGUUUGUUUGGGAAUUAGCCGGGGCUCGCGCGUCUGUUCCACUACGCACCCAUGAACUUUUCGGUCCUCCUGCGCUCCAUCCUUCUCACGGACAAUGAAGACGACUCGCAAAUGCAGGACCCUCCUGUCGGUUGGCUUGAACUUCUUCGCCCUGUUUUUCUCCAUUACCGCGUUCAUAACGACAUACUGGUGCGUGGGGACCCAGAGGGUACCCAAGCCAAAGUGCAGCAAGCUGCGGACGCACCAGUGUAUAGACUACGGAGUGAACGAGACGGACCCCAACAAAGUAGUGUACAGCUGGGAGACUGGGGACGACAGGUUCCUGUUCCGGCAGUUCCACACCGGCAUCUGGUCCUCCUGUGAGGAAAACAUCCACGAUGAAAGUGAGAGAUGUCGAAGUUUCAUUGAUUUGGCCCCGGCAUCAGAGAAAGGAAUGCUGUGGCUGUCACUGGUGUCUGAGAUGUUGUACAUAGUUCUGCUGGUGGUGGGGUUUAGCCUCAUGUGUUUAGAGCUGGUCCACUCCAGCAACGUCAUCGAUGGACUCAAGCUCAAUGCCUUCGCUGCCGUCUUCACUGUGCUCUCGGGUCUUCUUGGUAUGGUGGCUCAUGUGAUGUACACACAGGUCUUUCAAGUCACCGUUAGCCACGGUCCACCUGACUGGAGGCCCUACAACUGGGACUACGGCUGGUCCUUCUGCAUGGCCUGGGCGUCCUUCACCUGCUGCAUGGGCGCAUCAGUCACCACCCUCAACUCAUAUACGAAGACCGUCAUCGAGUUCAGGCACAAACGCAAAACCUUCGAGCAAAGCAUCCGGGAGGAGCACGCCAGGGAGGCUUUCGGAUAUCUCAGAGAGCACUCUGUGCACUCCAUCUCUAAAUCUGUGGAGGUUUACUCCAGCCAGAGCCUGAAAAGCGGCAGGAAGACUCCCAUACCUGCUGACUCUCUGAGUGACAUUGCAACAUCUUUAGGGGAAGAACAGUGCUGAGUGUGGCAGGACAGUAGGUGGUGGCAUUUCUCUCAGCGUGGCGUAGCUUGAUGGAUGGAGGUGUUGUUGUCCCUCUCUGCUCUGUGUUCAGUACAGGAAGAAUGCCUCACAGGAUCAUUAGCUCCAUCUGAUACAUUUCAACA